CCUGUACACAGAAAAUGCAACCCCAGCGCCUGGGGCCCAGAGCUGGGAUGGGACCAGUCUGUCUGGGAUGCAGCCAUCGCAGACGCUAUUCACCGAUCAGAAACCUGAUAUCUCGAGAAAAAUUCGACUUCCACUUUAAGAACCUAUGCUAUGCCAAAGACCGGAAAGAUACCUUCUUGUGCUAUGAAGUGACUAGAAAGGACUGCGAUUCACCCAACUCCCUUUGCCAUGGGGUCUUUAAGAACAAGGGCAACACCCACGCUGAAAUCUGCUUUUUAUACUGGUUCCAUGACAAAGUACUAAAAGUGCUGUCUCUGAGGGAAGAGUUCAAGGUCACCUGGUACAUGUCCUGGAGCCCCUGCUUCGAAUGCGCAGAGCAGGUAGCCAGGUUCCUGGCCACACACCACAACCUGAGCCUGGCCAUCUUCAGCUCCCGCCUCUACAACAUAAGGGACCCGAAGACCGGGCAGGGACUUUGCAGGCUGGUUCAGGAAGGAGCCCAGGUGGCUGCCAUGGGCCUACCCGAAUUUGAAAAGUGUUGGAAGAAGUUUGUGGACAAUGACGGCCAGCCAUUCAUGCCUUGGAAGAGACUGUGUACAAAUUUUAGAUACCAGAAUUCUAAGCUUCAGGAGAUUCUGAGACCUUGCUUCAUCCUGGGCCCUUCCAGCUCUUCACCCACUCUGUCAGAUGUCUGUCUAACAAAAGGUGUCCCAGGGAUGAGGUUCUGGGUGGAAUGCAGCCAAAUGAGCCUGCUAAGAGAAGAGGUGUUUUAUUUACAAUUUCACAACAGCCGAAAGGUCCAGCCAGUCCAGCAUCGCUGCUACUACCGCAGGAAGCCCUAUCUAUGCUACCGGCUGGAGCAGUCCAAUGGCCAAGAGCUGCUCAAAGGCUGGCUGCUAAGCAAGAAAGGAAAACAACAUGCAGAAAUCCUCUUCCUGGAGAAGAUUCGGUCCAUGGAGCUGAGUCAAAUGAGAAUCACCUGCUACCUCACUUGGAGCCCCUGCCCAAACUGUGCCUGGCAACUGGCGGCAUUCCAAAAGGAUCGCCCAGAUCUAAUUCUGCACAUCUACACUUCCCGCCUGUAUUUCCACUGGAGGAGGAUCUUCCAGAAGGGGCUGUGUUCUCUGUGGCGAUCAGGGAUUCAGGUGGACGUCAUGGACCUCCCACAGUUUACUGACUGCUGGACAAACUUUGUGAACCCGCAAAGGCCGUUUAGGCCAUGGAAGGGACUGGAGAAAAACAGCAGGCACACACAAAGGCGGCUCCGCAGGAUCAAGGAGUCCUGGGGCCUGCAAGAUUUGGUGAAUGACUUUGAAAACCUACAGCUUGGACCCCCGAUGUCUUGAGAGGCAAGAAGAGAUUCAAGAAGGUCUUUUGGUGACCCCCGCCCAACCCCAAGUCUAGGAGACCUUUUGUUCUCCUGUUUCUUUUGUUUCAUCUUUUGUUGUUUUGAUUUGUUUUGAAGAAAGAGUCUCACUGGGUAGCUUGCUACUCUGGAACUCACUACUAGACCAA